AUGCAAGAGCAAGAGCAACCCCAAACCAAGGUCCUCACCACCCCCAAACUCCUUGAAAUUAUCCUCCUCCACCUAGACACCCGCACACUCCUCGUCUCGGCCCAGCGGGUAUGCCGAACCUGGACAGUUCUCAUUCAGAGCUCGCCCGCAAUUCAACAAGCGCUCUUCUUCCAACAAACCACACCUAAAUCUAAUCUAGAAAAGGGCAAAUGGCACGCAAAAUCAAUCUGGAACUCUAUCCUUCCAUCGCCCAAAGAAAAAGACACACAACUCGGCCAGGAAAGCACAAAUGGAUACGAAUGCCCACACCCUCCCCAAUCUAUAAUCCGCUCUUAG